UUAUUGAACAUUAAGAUGACACAAAAGAGAUUCCGGUAAAUAUCAAAAACUUGAGUGCGAUUAACGAAAAUGCCUGAUACCAACCUAACAUUCGCGGCGCUGAAGUGUCCAACACCCGACAGUUUCGACUGGAACAAACGAACCGACCUAGUCCAGGGUAUUGUAUUCACAUUUGUGGGCAUAGCAACUAUUGUACUGAACUUCGUCAUGGCUGCUGUCUACAAAAUUAGGGGAUUUGGAAAACCGACGAAUAGAGCGAUGUUCUGUAUCACGCUAUCUGACGUAGGAGGAGGGUUUGUGGGGCUGUAUGUUGGGAUCUAUCUGCUGGCUGCUAAACGCUGCUGGUUCGAUACAUGGUAUCUAGAUGAGAUAAUGUGUUAUCUGUGGCCCAUGCUGUGGUUGUGCUGCACUUUUGCUACCACCCAACUGGUUCCUCUUAUCAGUAUCAUACGCUUUGUGGCAGUGGUCAUUCCUCUUAAAUUUAACCUGAUGAAAUCGAAGCACGUCAUGCUAGCGAUGUUAGUGUCAGGAGCACUCUCUUCAGCUGCUGCACUAUACCCCAUAUUCUGUGGGGGUUUCAUGAAGAUACCCCAACAAGCCAUGUGCAUAUUCGAUCUUACACAGAGAAGUUUAUUAGCGGCACAAGUUUACGGCUGGAUCUUCAACUUCCUCCCAACAAUAAUCUCCGUGAUAGUGAUCAUCGUAACAAACACCUGGAUCGUCUGCAAGCUCAUGAAGCCGUCAAGAGUUCGGGCUAGAAGACCAUCAAUACCCAUGGCAUCGGUCAUUGGAAACCAAACAGUAGGCAACCUUGGCACGGUUCCUGAGGACUCCAUAGUGAUUGAGAACCGCUUAUCAACCGCUAGUCAAGUGAGAAUAGACAUACCCAGCGUGUCUCAACAGUUCAAACGGAGGGUAACCAAAAUAGAGACCAGAGCAAAGAGUCUUGCAGGCAGAAAAAUUGUGAGCGGCCAAUCCAAAACAAUAUUCUACCUCGCUAUGCUAUACCUGGUCUGCUACGCUCAGAAAGUUUGGAUAUAUGGGUUACUGGUGGCCUGGCCUAAUAAAAAGUUUCACGAACUGCUGCCUCUUCAUAUGUCGACAGAUGCUGCCGAACUUUUCUUCCGCAUAUCAGACUACUGUGUCACUAUUAACUCAUUCCUCAAUCCAAUUAUCUACUUCGCUUUCUCUUCAAGGAUUAGGCGAGAGUUUUUGCACGUGCUGAGUUGCGGAAGCGCGGGGGCUUCACAUAUCACUACAGCGGCCUCUAGGGCUGGUCAGAGCAAUAUGAACACUAACACUAACACUAACAGCAUUAUUAAUUCUCCCCAGGCCAACAGAUCGUAAACAGCAGGGCAACGGAUUGUAAACUUAUUGUAACGUUUUGUAAACAGAUCGUGAACUUAGUGUAACGUUUUGUAAUUGUAAACAGAUUAUAACAUUUUAAAAGCUGAUUGAUAACAGAUUGCGAACAGAUUUUAAACAGAUAGGACUGUGCAAUCGCAAUUAUCGAAUAAUUAUUAAUUCCCCCAAUGUAUUACAGUUGCAUGAUUGAGAAAUUGCAAUUUAGAAAAGUUAAGCAGAAAUUGCGUUUUUCGCCACUAAGUUGUGAACUACACUACAUCUUGAAUACCAACAUUUAACCUUUUAACUUUUGAAGUUCUACCUGAGAUCAGAAUUCUUUUUCUUAAUUUUUGUACUAAGUUGUGAAAAUCAUGAUUAUACAAUUAUAAAGUUAUAUUAUAUAACUUAUUAUUAUUAAACUCUAUAAUUUAUAGAGUUGACAUUCUAUUAUAUUUAUGUAUUCGGUUCGAAGCUGUUUUAUGUUUUG